AUGGCCAUGUUUGAGAACAAGCGGAACAAACCCACUCGUGAUGAAUAUCGCUUGGCGCUGUCGUGUGUGCCCAUUGUCUCGACACUGUACAAUCGCAACCCGGCAGCCUGGGCCCGCGAGGAACUUCAAACACUGGAGCGUCAGAUGGUCCUGAUGAAUCGUUACCGUCCACCGGGCGAGCUGGAGGCCAAGUUGAAGAAGAUCGCCCCAGCCCCCAUGAAGAAGGUAGCAGGAGGGACUCCACGUGUCCCCCGAACUCGCGUCAAGCGUACCCCCAAGUCUACCCCCAAGCAUCAGGCCCUGGAUUCCUUUGAAGCUUCUCCUCCCUCGGCAUCUAAGCCUCGUGCCCUGGGCACGAACCGAGAUGACACUGAUUUCCAAGCCCUGCCGGACUAUUCGCCACCCCUCGAGACAUUGGGUGGCAACGCAAAGGCCCUCAAGGCAGACUGGAAGGGGCAAAUGUUGGAUUUGAGCAAUGACCCGGACCGACAUCUGCUCAGUCCUGCCGAGCUCAAUCUGGCCUCGACGCUUCGGCUGUCUUGUGCGACCUACCUAUGCAGCAAGCGUCGAAUCUUUGAGGCUCGAGUGCGUGCCCUCGGCGUAGGCAAGGAGUUCCGCAAGACCGACGCUCAACAGGCCUGUAAGAUUGACGUCAACAAAGCUAGCAAGCUCUGGACCGCCUACGACCGAGUAGGGUGGUUCAAACCCGAGUAUUUUCAUCACCUGAGAUGA